AUGGAUAAUAUUUUAGAAUAUGAUUCAUCAUCUGAAGAAAUCCUGGAAGAUAGCAACAACAACAAUGAUGAUAAUGAUAAUGGAAAUCCUUUAUCAAAUGCGCUUGUAAAAAGGAAAUUUUCUGAUGAAAAUCUUAAUCAAACAAUAAAAAAAAAGAAAAUUUCAUCAUUACCACCACUUCCUACUGAAUUUUUACAAUUAUAUUCAGAUAAUAAAGUACACAUUGAUAAUCCAGACGAACAUCAAGGUCGUGUAAGAACAAAACUACAUGUUGAGGGAAAUUGGGCUACACAUGUUUACAUGGAAGUGAUUAUACCAGAAGACUUUGAGGAUCUUUUAAAAAAUAUUAAAAUUCAAUCAGAAAGUUUUCUAAAUAAUAAUGAAAAAGAAAUCAAGGUUUUCUCAUGUCUUGAAGAAGAAGAGAGUGAAUUAUUAAAAUUACUUGAUAAAGAUGUACUGAAAUUACUUGAACAUAUUAAUAGUGUGGUAAAAGAUUUUAGACAAGAAGAGUUUUACAAGGAUCCAAAAUUUCAUUCAAGUAUUUUAUGGGCUCUUGGAAACUCAAUAAAUAAUUCACUAUGUAAUCACCUAAAAAAUUUGGGAUAUGAAAGAAAAAUUCAAGGAUACAAUUUUAUAAUUGAAAAAAUGGUUUGUAAAAUUGGCAAUAGGAUAUUUUCUGUGAAAUUAUUAUAA